CCACACAUCACAUCAUCCCCCAUGUUCCCCACUCGUUUGCGUCAAACUGAGGCUUUGACUUUGUAAUUUCGAUUAGUUAGCGUUGAGCUUAGGCUUUGUGCUUUGGUUUUCCUACUCGCCAGCACCUCCCGACCUGAGUUCCCAUAUAUACAAGUGCAUGGCAGGGAACACAGAGUCCCACCCACCUUGCAACAUCUUUGAUUCCAGAUCCUACUUUCGUCUAGCUUUUCUACUUUCCUUGACAUCUAGCCCUGUGAUACUUCCUUUCUUGAAUUUCUUCGCCAUCUGUUCCAUCUCAUCCCUUCUCUUCUCCCGAAACAUCAAUCAAACUUCUUCUCCCUUCUGUCUUGUCCAGACCUGGAACAUAAAUCAAACGCUACUUGAAUAUUCAGAUUGCAUAAGAGGAUGGAAUUGAAGUUCGUAGCACCUGUGGCCAAGAAUGGAAAGGAAUUGGCCCUCGUUAAUGAAGAGGAUGUUGCGUCGGAGUUUAAAAGAUGGGAAAACGCUGUGGUUGCUUAUUUUCUUGGCCAUGAUUCAACCUUCGGCCCACCUUCUUUCAACAAGUUUAUCAACAAUUUAAUCGACUCGGAGUGGAGAAAAUACGGGAAUGUUAAGGUAUAUUCACAAGGGUCAGGCGUUUUUGUCUUGGAUUUUGAAUCUGCUCGUGGCAAGGAGUUGGCAUUGGGUGAGGGUCCAAGGUUUUAUGAUGGUAGUAAACCUUUUAUUUUAAAGCCAUGGAGUCGUGAUAUGAGCUUGGAAAUCGAAGAGUUGAAGUCAGCACCGAUUUGGAUCAAGUUACCGAAUCUGAGGUUGCAUCUGUGGUCUCCUGAGGCACUUGGCAAGAUUGUAAGUUUGGUGGGCAGACCUUUGUUUGCUGAUACUGUAACAGCAUCAAGAGAGACAUUGUGCUUUGCAAGAGUUUGUGUCGAAGUGGGUUUUGAUAAGAUGUUACCUGAUUCAGUCACCAUUGAGGAUGACAAGGGCUACAGCUAUGAUCAAAAGGUUGAGUAUGAAUGGCAGCCCACAUCUAGAUGCUCCUAUUGUCUGCACCUUGGGCAUUCUGAUUCCUGUCCAAGACGCAAAACGACUUUCCCAUGCCCUUUCUGUUUGGGACAGCACACGUUGCUGCAAAUACUUCGUCUACGACAGCAUUCGGUUCAACUCCUGCUCCAGCAUUUGGUUCAAUUCCUGCUCCAACAUUUGGUUCCACUCUGUUUGGUACUACUGCUCCUGGUGCUAGCAGUCCACAGGAUGAUGCAAGGACUUCUUUGUCUACUCCAGCAUUUGGUUCGGAGCCUCCUGCUGCUGAAUAAAUUUCAAUUUACCAAUCUCCAAGCUCAAUAGUUUGAUUUUGAAAAUUGUCGAAAAGAAAAUAAGGAAUUAUUUUUUCAAACCUGUUUGUUAUCCCAAAACAGUGCUCUGAAUUUCAUAAACAGAACCUUAAAAAUAGAUUAAAGCACAUCUUGGUCAUGAAUUGCGAUUGGUGUCUGUGUUUCUGUAAUAAGACUAUAUUGUUCUUGAAAUUUGUAUGUCUUGAAUCCAAUCCUUUAGCAACUCCUCGCCCACCCGUAGGCUGCAUUUGCAUGAUUUCAAGAAUCCAAGUGUCACCAAUUAAUUCAGUAACCACACGAACACACAUAAGAAACCCGAUCAUUGUACAACAUGAAUUCAUCUAGACUCUUUAAAAUUACCACCUUCUUGACUCUUAGCCAUUUCAGUCCUGUAAUUUGACACAAGACUUGCAUAAGAAUCCGAUAGUUUCACUUCAAUGUAGCUUUAAAAUCAAUCCCAUGUCACUAAACGGCGUACAGAAUCCAAAUUUUUACUUGAAAGGCAAAUAGAAACAGAGAUAAAACUCAUAUGGGUAUACGAUAACUGAUCAAAGCAGGCUUAGAUGGAUCAAGGGGAAUGCCUUGGAGUUUUGUCAUUAGGCCUUUCAUGUAGGGAUCGCAUGACUGAUAAAAUUCUUCACAAGAAUCCCAUUCUUACAUUCUGGUUCUGGGACCUUGAGUUUUAUGGUACCUAGUUGUCACAUUUUGCAAGUUUUCUAGCACAAUAUCAUAUCUGCUAAGGAUGUCAAAAGGGAAACUGCUGUUCACACUUGCCAACCAUGUAUGUAUUUUAGUAGCACUACAGUAACCUAACCUUAACAAAGAUGCAAUUGAGACGAAAAAUAAAAAUAAAAACAGCUAACCAAGAAUUCCAGUAUAAUCGGAAAGAGGCACAUCUGUGUUGAAUUUUGGACAGUCCCUUUGUUGCUGUAAUGAGACUAUACUCUUCCCAACCAGUUACUCCCCAAACCAGGUCACCUUUCUUGAACUCUAGAUGCACUGAAUCCAAGACUAUAGCCACUCCAUAUCCACUUGAAGGC